AGGUCCUCGUGCUCUGCGUGUCUUCUUCACUGUGGUUUUUUUGCAUUCACAGCGUUUGCCUAACCUUCCAAGUUCCCACUACCUUCUAGAUUUCGCCGCUGAUCGUUCUCCGUCACCGUCUCCGGCAACCACUUCCUUUAUUCUUCUUACUGUUUCUCUAGGUCAGGUCUUUUUCUCUCUUCUUCAUAUUCCGUAUCGUUUCUCUCUCUAUCGAAACAUAGGCACACACGAGGAUUUUUGUUCGUAUUUAUGCACGUGAUUCGGAUUUGUAUGAGCUCAAUUGAUGGGACACAAAAAGCGAAACCAUGCUCCGCGCUCGAAACAAUCGCCGGCGGCUUCUCUGGUGGCGCAAUCGGCCAACGGCGGAGCCGCCAAUGGUUCCAUUUCACCCGACCAUGACUCCUGCAGCGUUUCUGAAAAUAAUAUUGAUAACCCUAGCAAGAUCGAAUUGGCUCCUCAAUUUGAGGGUUCCGAUUACGAUUACUCCACAAUCAAACUCGAAUGCGAGCGAGCCCUCACUGCGUUUCGGCGCGGUAACCACAACAGGGCACUGAAGCUCAUGAAGGAGUUGUGCUCGAAAGACGAGGACUCGGCUUACUUGGCGUUCGCUCACCGAGUUCAGGGCUUUGUGUUUAUCAAAGUGGCGUCCAUUCUCAAUGACCCGAGCGCGAAGCAACGGCAUUUGAAGAAUGCCAUUGAAUCCGCGCGGAGAGCAGCUGAGCUGGCGCCCAAUUCAGUUGAGUAUGCGCAUUUUUAUGCCAAUUUGAUGUUGGAGGUAGCAACUGAAGGCAAGGAAUAUGAGGAGGUGGUGCAUGAGUGUGAGAGGGCGCUUGCGGUUGAAAACCCCAAUGAUCCUGCGAAGGAGACCUUGCAGGAUGAGAGCGAGCAGAAGAUAUCAACUGUGGAAGACCGGAUAGCACAUGUACAGAAUGAAUUGAGGCAGCUAAUUCAGAAGUCAAACAUAGCUUCAUUGUCCACUUGGAUGAAAAAUCUGAGUAAUGGAGAGGAGAGAUUUCGGUUGAUUCCGAUAAGGAGGACCGCGGAGGACCCAAUGGAGGUGAGGUUGGUUCAAACUAGAAGGCCUAAUGAGAUCAAGAAGGUGACCAAAACACCCGAGGAAAGAAGAAAAGAAAUUGAAGUUCGAGUGGCUGCUGCAAGGCUGUUGCAGCAAAAGCCAGAGUCUCCCCAAUCUCCGAACGAAGGAGAUAGGGAUGAUAGAGCACCAGAUUCAUCUUCAGGAUUUAGUCAGAGGGUGGGUGAUAGGCGAAAGCAUGGAAAUAUGAGAAAGAAUGGUUCUACAGAUGAAAGGAAGAACUGGGUGCUCUCAUAUUGGAAUUCAGUGAGUGUGGAUAUGAAGAAGGACUUGCUUAAGAUUAAAAUUUGUGAUCUCAAGUCCCACUUUGGGUCUUCGAAGGAUCCUUUGCCGAAAGAUAUUUUGUCAGAAGCUUUGUCAUAUGCUGGGCCCAAUAAAACUUGGAAGUUCUGGCUUUGCUGCCAUUGUGAUGAGAAAUAUUGUAAUUCAGAAUCUCACAGGCAGCAUGUUGUGCAGGAACACAUGGGGAAUCUCGUGCCAAAAUUGCGGAGACUUUUGCCCCAAAAUGUUGACAAUGAAUGGAUUGAGAUGAUUCUUAAUUGUUCUUGGAGGCCUGUGGAUGUCUCAGCUGCGAUUAAAAUGCUUGAUAAUAAAGCGAAAUUCAAUGGUUCUUCGUUUCUUGAGGAUUCGUACUUGGGUCAUCAUACUCAGGACUACAAUGAUUGUUUUAAAGAUGCAAGCGGCUCUUACCAUGAGAAGGAAAAUGUAGGGUACAAUCAUUGCAAUUGUACAACAGAAAGUAGUAACUGUCGUAAAAUAUCAGAAAGUGAUAUCAAAGAAGGUGCUGAAGACCGACAGUGUACGGCUAAUCUUACUGCUGAUUGUUGGCCUGUUUCUGAUGAUUCUGAGCGUGCAAAACUUCUGGAGAAAAUUCAUGCAGUAUUCAUGAUGCUUAUUAGACACAAAUGUCUUGCUGCGAGUCAUCUUAACAAGGUCAUACAAUUUACUAUGGGAGAGAUACAAGGUCUUGCUGUUGGUUCUCAACUUCUAAACCAUGGUGUAGACCAAACACCAAUGUGCAUAUGCUUUCUGGGAGCUUCACAGCUUAAGAAAAUUCUCCAAUUUCUCCAGGAAAUAUCUCAUGCUUGUGGGUUGGGUAGGUAUGCUGAUGAAAGUAGUAGUCCCAUGAAUGAUUUGCACAAUAUCAGUCAAGGUCCUGAGAUCAAAGAGAAGAUUGUUCUCGAUGGAGAUGCAUCAUGCAUUCUUCUGGAUGAGGGUUUACUGCCAACACAAGCUCAGGGGGCUAUCUUGGAUGAUGUGACCACCCCAAGUUCUCCUGAUGGAAUUUCACAGUGUAAUGAUGCUUUGCUAUGCUGGAUAUUUUCAAGUUCACCUAUUGGGGAUCAAUUGACAUCAUGGAUGAGGACCAGAGAAGAUAAAAAACAUCAAGGAAUGGAUAUUGUCCAGAUGCUCGAGAAGGAGUUUUAUCACCUACAAAGCUUAUGUGAGAAGAAGUGUGAUCGCAUAAGUUAUGAGGAAGCACUGCAGACAGUAGAGGAUCUUUGCCUUGAAGAAGGUAAGAAGAGGGAAAAUGUUGGUGACUUUGUCCAGCAAAGCUAUGAGUCUGUUUUAAAAAAGCGGAGAGAAGAGCUCGUUGAGAGUGAGAAUGAUGUGAUGUAUGUCAGCAAUAGGUUUGAAUUGGAUGCUAUAUCAAAUGUUUUGCAAGAAGCAGAAGCAAUGAAUGUUAAUAAAUUUGGCUAUGAGGAAACUUAUGCUGGUGUGACUUCUCAGUUAUGUGACUUGGAAUCGGGUGAGGAAGAUGAAUGGAGAAUGAAGGACUUCUUGCAUCAAAUGGAUAGUUGUAUAGAAAUUGCUAUUCAGAAACUAAAAGAGCACUUAUCUAUAGAGCUUAGCAAAAUUGAUGCACGAAUCAUUAGAAAUGUUACAGAGAUGCAACAAUUGGAACUCAAGCUUGGGCCUGUUUCUGCUUAUGAUUAUCGAGCAAUUUUAGUGCCUUUAGUGAAGUCGUACCUAAGGGCACUUUUGGAAGGUUUGGCUGAGAAAGAUGCAAGAGAGAAGUCUGAUGCUGCAAGCGAAGCAUUUUUGGCUGAACUUGCUCUUGAUUCCAGAAAGGCUGUUAAAGGGGGAAAUGAGAACACGAGACAUCUGGAGAAGACAAAAGAUAAGAAGAAGAAUAGAGAUCAUAGAAAAACAAGAGAUUCCAAGGCCACAAGCAGUCAUGUGCAGCUCUUGCUUCGUUCUACAACACCUGAUUCCAGUCUAGUUGCACCUGAUAGUGAUCAUGAGGUUGUUUCUGUUAAUGGUGAUGACUUGGAACAACAUGAAGAGGAAUUUAGGCGCAAAACUGAGCUAGAAGAGGAGGAAAAAAAGCUUGAAGAAACUUUGGAAUUUCAACGAAGGAUUGAAAAUGAAGCAAAACAGAAGCAUCUUGCUGAGCAACAAAAGAAAUCAUCUGGGACAUAUUUAGAGGAAAUGCCGGACAAGCUUCAUGAUUAUCAAUUGAAGGCGAUUGCUGAUUGUCUGGAUGCGCACAAACAUGAGCAGUUGGCAAAGGAGAAUGGGUGCCCAAGCAAUCUGGAUGGUGUGCUUGUCACCACAGCGAAUGGUUCCAUGGUGCCAACUAAAUCUUUAGCUGAUUCAGCUACCCAAAAGAUUAAUUAUUUGCAUCAGUCAAAAGUUAAACAAGAUUUGCCUAAUGGAGUUGGUCUGGAGAAUGGUCUUCCUUUGCCUGAUCGGCGUGCAGGAAAAAAGCACAAACGGCAUAGGAAUUCUUCCAAAAUGGUUGAUGGAAAGUUUGAAUCUGUCUCAUUUGAAAAGGAGAAUAUUGAGGAUAUGCAUACUGAAUGUAACGUGAGAGAGCAGGCUAAAUUCAAUAACAAUCAAGAUGCUAACAAUGUGUGGGAGAACAAUGGAUCAAAGGUAAUGAAAGAGUUGCAAGUGGAAGAUGAGGAGGAGGAAAGAUUCCAAGCUGAUCUUAAAAUGGCUGUACGCCAAAGCCUGGACACAUAUCAAGCACGUGGGAAUUUGCAUUCGGUUUCCGGUUUAAGAGCGUCUCACAGAGCUUCUUCACAAGUAGAUUGUUUGGAUUGUCCACCUGUGGAAGAAUCAAGUGAGGAUGUCAAUGGAGCUACUUUACUUGGUACUGGACUGAAGAAUGAAGUGGGUGAAUAUAAUUGUUUUCUCAAUGUUAUUAUACAGUCAUUGUGGCAUUUACGACGCUUUCGGGUGGGAUUUCUUGGCAGAUCAAAAUCAGAGCAUGAUCAUGUAGGUAAUCCUUGUGUUGUCUGUGCAUUGUAUGAAAUUUUCACUGCGCUGGACCUUGCACCAAAGGAUUCAACAAGAGAAGCAGUUGCACCUACUUCCCUGCGGAUAGCUCUAAGCAACCUAUAUCCUCAUAGUAACUUCUUCCAGGAGGCUCAGAUGAAUGAUGCUUCUGAGGUACUGGCAGUAAUAUUUGACUGCCUACAUCAAUCAUUUACUCGUGGUUCAAGUGUUUCUGAUUCAGAAUCAGUGGAAAGCAAUUGCAUGGGAUCUUGGGAUUGUGCAAACAGUAGUUGUAUAGCACAUUCACUUUUUGGAAUGGACAUUUUUGAACAAAUGAACUGCUAUCACUGUGGUCGGGAGUCCCGACAUUUGAAGUAUACUUCCUUCUUUCACAAUAUAAAUGCCAAUUCCCUCCGGACAAUGAAGGUUAUGUUUGCUCAAAGCUCCUUUGAUAAGCUUUUGAAUCUCGUGGAGAUGAACCAUCAGUUGGCUUGUGAUCUAGAAGUUGGUGGCUGUGGCAAGCUCAAUCACAUACAUCACUUUCUUUCAACUCCACCCCAUGUUUUUAUGACAGUUUUAGGUUGGCAAAAUACAUGUGAGAGUGCUGAUGAUAUAACAGCAACUCUGGGCGCCCUGAGCACCAAGAUAGAUAUCAGUGUCCUGUAUCGGGGUUUAGAUCCUAAAAGCACCCAUAGCUUGGUUUCGGUGGUUUGCUACUAUGGUCAGCAUUAUCAUUGCUUUGCUUAUAGUCAUGACCAUGAACAAUGGAUUAUGUAUGAUGACAAGACUGUCAAGAUAAUUGGUGGAUGGGCGGAUGUUCUCACAAUGUGUGAAAGAGGGCAUCUACAACCUCAGGUUCUUUUCUUUGAAGCUGUAAAUUAGAUUUCUGGUGGAACUGAUAACAUCAUUUGCUGGACUGAAGGAUGUUGUCUUUGACAUAGUUUGGCAGAAAUUGGUGUCUAGUAUGGCCCUGUUUAUGCUCAUUGCAUUUCUGCUUAACCCACAAUCGGUUUAGGCUCAUAAAGUUGCAAAAAUUCCAGUGAUGUCAACAAGUUUUGGUAUACAUACCUCAGUUUGGAAAAUAGCAUUUUAAAAUUUGUGAUACAAUUCAAGGUUUUAAUAAGAACUACAGGUUCUUACGGGGAGGAUGAUGACGAAUACAUUUAGUGUUACUGGAUGACAUAGAAGAGCCCGGAGAGUGGUGUUUGGUACCUAGCAUUGCUCAACACAAUUGGUUUGUUUCGAGAGUAUCAGAUUCAUUUCUUGUAUCCAUCUAAUAAGCAGGUUUUGGUAUUGCUAGAACAACCACAACUUGUUGAGGUUGGCCGGCAAUGUGAGAAGAUUCUAGGCUGUUUUAUGAUGGAAAUAACUGCCCAUUAUUGUCGGGAACACAGCAUGUGUACGAGGUUUGUUCUUCAGUUGCCGAAAAUUUUUCCCUCCCCCUUCCCAAGGAAAAAAAAAAAACACCAAAAAAAAGGAUCUGUAUAGCUUUCAUGCGAUUAGGUUUGUCAAAAUGUCAGCUUGUUGCCUCUACUGCUGAAAAAGGAGUGUCGUUUACUGAUCUACGGGACAAGUUUUCUCCCUUUCAUGAUACCUGUGGUGGAGCAUGCUGCAUGCCAGGCUUGUGUAGCUGUAAAAUGAGGGGCUUCCAUCCUUUGGAUCCACAUCACUGUACUUUCUCACUAUUUCCUUUCAUUUUUUUCGUUACUGGGGUGGGGGAGAGCUAGGAUCUCCUUAAGUUUAGUAGAAGUGAAGGUAAUUAUCUAAUUAAAUCAAAUUGUAGUUGCAGAUAUUAACUGUAGCUUUGAGCGAGGAAAAAGCUGAAAGGUUUUGGCACAAUUUUGUCCUACACUUUUUGGAAAUAGCAUCAAGUGAGAUGGAUUAUUAUACUUCAUAAUUCUAUAUACAUUACUGCAAAAUAUUGCGCAAUUCAGU